CGAGUCGCACAAAUACUUAUCCAAACGGUGUCAAAGUGCUUCGCGGAAGAUAAUUUCGAUUCUAUUCAGGCCUUCCUUUUUAUCUACCUCGAUCGACAUAAUCAUCGCUAUGGGUGGGGGAGCUACCAUGAGGGCUGCAGCUAAGAUCGCCGGUGUCGGCGUCGUCAAUAGCGGCAUCAGGGGAGCCGUUUCUGCUGUCCCGUCUCCGGCUGAACAGUCGGUACGCAACGCCUCACGUCCCGUGUCGGCGGUCCUCUCUUCCUUGCACACUGGGACUGCCGGUGGCGUGGAAAUUGCAGGAGUUCAGCGUCCGUCGUGGGAGAUUGACGAUUGGGAGUUCGCUGGCGGUGAGGAGGAGCUGUUGCUCGAAUCUAAGGAUCCGAUUCCAAGAGUUGUGUUCGGGCCUGCACCCAGCCUGCAGGAAGCGAAAUCUGCCACUGCUGAAUUAAAGGAUGCUCUAGAGAAAGUGUAUGUAUCAUCUUCUCCUUACCCCGAAUCUGGUGGUUCAUUUGGAGGUGAUCAGUUGUCUCGCCAACCUUUGCUUACAAACUCAGACUAUCUGCAGAAUAAAAGCUGCAUCACUUGUGAGCCUACAGCAACUUCUGCAUCAAGCAAUGCAGUAAAGGCAUUUGCAUUGCUCAAUGAAAAUCCUCAAGCACAGUCUGUUGUUGCUUCCAUUGCUGCAGAUCCAAAUGUCUGGGAUGCUGUAAUGAAAAAUGAGUCUCUUCUGGAAUUCCUGGAGUCACAGAAGAUCAAAUCUGAUGCAGAUGCUGAGUCGCAGGAUUUGGGCUCUCCAAGGAAGUUUGCUGAAUUAUCUGAUGGUGUAAGCGAGGCUGGAAUAUUUGAGAAUGGGUCUAAGGAUAUCUUUGAGGACAUCAAGCACACUGUCGUUGAGAUGAUGAACAACAUCUCUUCUUUUGUUCAUCAUAUUUUUGGGUUUUCUUCUGCAGAGAACACUUCUGCCACGGCAGAUGGUAAUUCUCGAUCAUCUUUUAUUGAUAACACCCUGGGAGCUUCUUUUAUGGCAUUGGCAGUGAUGGCUAUCGUGAUGGUGGUGAUGAAGAGAGGUUAAAUUCCUUUGAGGAAGCCAAACUGUAAAUUUGUCGAAUAUACAGGCGAUACAUAAUUUCCUGUUUGGAUGCUUUAAACGUUUGAUGAUGUCUAUGCUGAAAAUUGAUGGUUUUGCCAUAAUAGCUUAUCUUCUUAAGCAAACCAGUGGACAGAUUGUUGUUUUUUGCCUCCACUAUUUGUAAUCGUCUAUUGUGAUUGACCUGGUGUCAUUGGGAUUGGAGGGGUUGUGCUGUCACUUGAAUGUUGGUGUCUAAUUGAAGCUCUUAUGUUUUUCC